AUGGCCGAUGAUGAAUUUGAUAUCGACAUAUACGGAGAUACCAAUGCUGGCCAAGGAGUAGAAAAUAAUGAGAGUAAGAAAGGCGAUGGAAAUAGUAUACCACUCAAGCGUGAGGCUCCUAGCCAUACUUUGACGGAACCCAAUCUUAGAAAAAAUGAGAAAAAAGAUAAUGAAAAUGCUGAGGUCAAGGCUGAUAACAAUGGAUUUGACCUUUCUGUCGAGCAUCAAAAAAUAAAGAGCACAGAUGAAUCUGGUCAAAAUACACUAAACAUCCCUAAGCAAGCUCCGCAACAGCAAGGUAUCAAAAGAAAGGAGGGUUCAGAUGACCGCCCAAUCGAUCCCGGCGCCACAACUGCACUCUUGAUUUCGGAACUGAACUGGUGGAAUACCGAUGACGAUAUUCGGGGCUGGGUUAAUCAGGCUCAAGUAGAGGACGAGCUCAAAGAUAUAACAUUCUCUGAGCACAAGGUGAACGGUAAGAGUAAAGGGCAAGCAUGGGUCGAAUUCACUUCCCAACAAGCUGCUACUGCGGCAAAGCGAAAAAUUGACGCUUUCGGUGAGGGUCAACAAUACGUAAAGAAACACAUUGUAACAUUCUCAAACCCAAAUGUUAACCCAUUUCGGACACUGCCUAAGGAUGCGCCAUUACGUGCGGGAAAAGAUGGGCAAGCUAACCGUGCACCAUCUGGGAGCUAUGGAAAUGAAAGAGGUAAUCAAAACACAAAUUUCGGGGGAAAUUUCCGUGGGCGUGCCCCUGGCUAUAAUGCCCGUGGUGGUAUGAAUAAUAACAAUAAUAACAUGAAUAACUUCAACCGCAACUUCACGGGCCCAACAAUGGGCAACAUGGGUGCAAAUUUUAAUGGCCCUAUGGGUGGAUUCCCUGGGAAUCAAUUGACGAACCAGUUUGGCGGCUUUAACAACCGUGGUGGAAUGAUGGGCAAUUUACGUGGUGGGACUGGCAUGAGAGGAGGUCGAGGAAUGAGCAAUGGUAUAAUGAGUGGAAUGCCUAUGGGAGGUAUUCAAAUGAACGGUAUGCCUGGUAUGGGAGGUAUUCCUUUGAAUAUGGGAAAUAUAACUGGAGGGAUGCCAGGUUCGAAAAUUUUCUUCUUUCCCCCAAGACCUGCUUGA